AUGCCGUCUCGCAACUCCUCGUACUCGUCGCCUUUUCCUCUCCAACUGUCAACCAGCCUUUGAUAUAUUCCCUGGCAUACGUCAGCCAUACAUUUGGCUGAUCACUACGCAAGUCAUACUACAUCUUACUAGGGCCCACAAUACGAUCCGCCUCCCAUCGCCGCAACGAAACCCGAGAUUGGGCCGGCAUUCGCGCCGAUAUGGCCAAAUCCCAAUCAUCGUCGUCUCUGGACGAGAACGAAAAAGAAAAGGUUUUGGGCCUGGCCGAUCCUCAAGCGGCAGCAGAAAAUCCCACAGAGUAUGAACCGAUACACACAGAGGCUAGCGAAAAGGCAUUUGAGAGUAAUGGCGACGGCCAUGGACCAAGAGGCAACCUUUCCAGGUUACAAUCGAGUACCAGUGCGUACUCGGAAGCCAGCACAAUAGAGUCCAGCGCCACAAAAUCAACGCAAAUGAAGAAGCCCUUUUACAAACGCCUGAACGUGCUCAAGAACAACCCGCCGCCUGUACCGAAAGAGCGCACCGUAAGCCCAGAAUACACUGCUGGAUUGUUCAGCAAACUCACAUGGCAAUGGAUGCAACCGAUUAUGCGAGUAGGCUACAAGCGGCCGCUAGAAAAGAAUGAUAUUUGGGAAGUCAACCCGGACCGAAGUGCAGAUGUACUGGCAGCCAAGUUGGAAGCGGCCUUCAACAGGCGGCGAGAACAAGGCGGCGAGAGGCCUCUGCUUGGUGCCAUGUUCGACACGUUCAAGUGGGAGUUCAUUAUUGGUGGUCUGUGCCAGCUCUCAGCAUCCGUCAUACAAGCGAUUGCUCCCUUUGUACUGCGCUAUCUUAUCAGCUUUGCCGUCAAGGCAUACGUUGCACAGCAAAGGGGCGUCCCUGGACCACCUAUCGGCGAAGGUAUUGGCCUGGUCAUUGCAAUCACCGUGAUGCAGUCUCUGCAGAGUUUGGCCACUAAUCAUUUCAUGUACCGCGGUAUGAUGAUUGGUGGAGAAGCCAGAGGUGUCUUGAUUGCCCUCAUUUUUAACAAGGCUAUUAAGCUAUCAGGCAGAGCAAAGGCUGGUGGCCAGGCUAUCCUCGAGGCACCGCCGCCUGAUCUAAAGCCGGGAAGUGAAGCGCAGCUGAAAUGGUACAAGAAGAUACUCAAGAAGAAGGAAAAGAAACAGGGCCCAAAAACGCAGGCAGGUGUGGCAGGUGAUGGUGAGGGCUGGGGCAAUGGGCGAAUUGUCAACCUCAUGUCUACCGAUACGUACCGUAUUGACCUGGCCAGCGGUUUCUUCCACAUGAUCUGGACUGCUCCUAUCGGCAUUCUCAUUACAACGGCUUUGCUUCUCGUCAACCUCACGUAUAGUGCGCUACCCGGUCUCGGUCUCAUCCUCAUUGCCAUGCCCCUGCUUGGUCGUGCAGUCAAGACUCUGUUCCGCCGAAGAAUUGUCAUCAACAAGAUUACCGAUCAGCGUGUGAGCUUGACGCAGGAGAUUCUCCAAGGGGUGCGGUUCGUCAAGUACUUUGGCUGGGAAACAAGCUUCCUAGAGCGCAUCCAGGCCAUUCGAAAGAAGGAAAUUCACGGCAUUCAAAUCCUGCUUACCAUUCGAAAUGCCGUUCUUUCCGUGGGAAUGUCGAUGCCUGUCUUCGCAUCGAUGGUUUCCUUUAUCACAUAUUCUCAGUUCCACAGAAAUCUCGAUCCCGCGCCAAUCUUCUCCUCGCUGGCUCUAUUCAACUCGAUGCGUAUCCCUCUCAACUUCCUUCCGCUGGUUAUUGGCCAAGUCAUUGAUGCAAAUGUCUCUGUGGAGCGUAUCCAGGAAUUCCUUCUUGCGGAAGAGGCGGAAGAGAGCGGGCGCUGGGAGUACGAUGCCAAGGAUGCCGUGGUACUUAAGGAUGCGGAUUUCACCUGGGAGCGCCACCCGACUCAGGAAGCUGAAGAUGGACCAGGCAAAGGCGGAGCACCCGGUAAGAAGGGCGAGACGAAAAAGGAGAAGAAGGCGGCUGCAGAGGCGAUGCGGGCGAAUGGAGCCACGACCCCUUCAGACGCAACGGUUGUGGAAGAGGAGGAAAAGCCGUUUGAAAUCAAAGGACUCAAUCUUACGUUUGGACGGAACGAGUUGGUGGCCAUUAUUGGCGGCGUCGGCUCAGGUAAGACUUCAUUGCUCGCAGCCCUCGCAGGCGACAUGCGCAAGACAAAUGGCGAAGUCAUUUUCGGGGCCUCACGCGCCUUCUGCCCGCAAUACGCAUGGAUCCAGAACGCAACGGUACGGGAAAACAUCAUCUUUGGCAAGGAAUUCAAUCGCAAAUGGUAUGACGAGGUGGUGGAUGCCUGUGCGCUUCGCGCGGAUCUCGACAUGCUGCCUCAUCACGAUGCAACGGAGAUUGGCGAGCGUGGCAUUACUGUGUCGGGUGGUCAGAAGCAGCGUAUGAAUAUCGCACGUGCGAUUUACUUUGACGCGGAUAUCAUUCUCAUGGACGACCCGUUGAGUGCCGUCGAUGCCCACGUGGGCCGGCACAUCAUGGACAAUGCUAUCUGCGGACUGCUCAAAGACAAGUGCCGAAUCCUAGCUACCCACCAGCUGCACGUACUAAGCCGCUGCGAUCGUAUCAUCUGGGUUGAUCAAGGCCGAGUCAAAGCGGUAGACACGUUUGACAAUCUCAUGGCACAAAACGCCGACUUUAUCCAAGUCAUGAGCGCGACUGCAAAGGAAAAAGAAAAGGAGGAAGAAGACGAGGAGGAGGAGGAAGUGGAAGCAGUGGACGGUAAGGUAGCAGCCCAAGUCAAGACUGUCAAGAAACAGAAAAGGUCAAAGAAGCAAGCGGCGCUUAUGCAGCAGGAAGAACGGGCGACCAAGAGCGUCAGCUGGCAAGUGUGGAUGGAAUACAUCAAAGCCGGUGGGGGCAUCUGGGUCGGCCCGCUCGUCUUCAUUCUGCUCGUCCUCUCGCAAGGGGCAAACAUUACCACUUCUCUCUGGCUCUCGUACUGGACGUCUAACAAGUUUGGAUACUCGCAGGGCGCCUACAUUGGCGCCUACGCGGCCUUUGGCAUCAGCCAAGCCCUCUUCAUGUUCUUCUUCUCGUUUUCCGUCGCUAUUUUCGGGACGCGAGCGGGCGAGGUCAUGUUGCAUCGGGCAAUUACGCGCGUGUUGCGGGCGCCCAUGUCCUUCUUCGACACGACGCCUUUGGGACGCAUUACGAAUCGGUUCAGCAAGGAUAUCGAUGUUAUGGAUAACACGAUUACGGAUUCGAUGCGUAUGUAUUUUAUGACGCUGGCUAUGAUUAUCUCUGUUUUUAUUCUCAUCAUUUCGUACUACUAUUACUAUGCGAUUGCGCUGGGGCCGCUGUUCUUGCUGUUCAUGUUUUCGGCAGCGUUUUACCGGUCUUCGGCUCGCGAGGUCAAGCGACAUGAAGCUGUUCUGCGCAGUACAGUCUUCUCGCGGUUCGGCGAGGCUAUUAUGGGAACACCGACAAUUCGUGCCUAUGGGCUUCAAGACCAGUUCUCCAAGUCGGUCCGGAAUGCGGUUGACGACAUGAACAGCGCAUACUAUCUCACGUUUGCUAACCAGCGGUGGCUGAGUGUGCGUCUGGACGUUGUUGGUGUUGCACUGGUCUUCACGACGGGUAUUUUGGUUGUGACUAGCCGUUUCUCUGUUGAUCCCAGCAUUGCUGGCUUGGUGCUUUCGUACAUUCUUACCAUUGUGCAGAUGAUUCAGUUUUCUGUUCGUCAGCUUGCAGAGGUAGAGAACAACAUGAACUCGACGGAACGUAUCCAUCACUACGGAAGCCAACUGGAGGAAGAAGCGCCCCUGCACAUGGGCCAGGUGCGGCCGACAUGGCCGGAGCACGGCGAGAUUGUGUUUGACAAUGUUGAGAUGCGGUAUCGCGACGGACUGCCCUUGGUGCUCAAGGGGCUGAGCAUGCACGUACACGCGGGCGAGCGGAUUGGGGUCGUAGGACGCACGGGAGCGGGCAAGUCGUCCAUCAUGUCAACACUUUUCCGGUUGCAGGAGUUGGCUGGGGGAUCGAUUGUUGUUGAUGGCGUGGACAUUUCCAAGAUUGGUCUUCACGACCUGCGGUCCAAGCUGGCGAUUAUCCCUCAGGACCCAACGCUGUUCAAGGGAACGAUCCGAUCGAAUCUGGAUCCUUUCCACGAGCAUUCUGAUCUGGAGCUCUGGUCUGCGCUGCGACAGGCCGAUCUCGUGUCGACGGAGCAGGCAAUGGAUGACCACUCUGGCCGAAUCCAUCUCGACAGUGUGGUUGAGGAGGAAGGACUCAACUUUUCGCUGGGACAGCGGCAGCUCAUGGCUCUAGCGCGUGCGCUGGUUCGCAACUCGCAAAUCAUUGUGUGCGAUGAAGCGACUAGUUCGGUCGACUUUGAGACUGACGCAAAGAUUCAACAAACGAUUGUGGAGGGGUUCAAGGGCAAGACACUGUUGUGCAUUGCCCACAGGUUGAAGACGAUCAUCAAUUACGACCGCAUCUGCGUCAUGGACGCAGGACAGAUUGCAGAGCUAGAUUCGCCACUGCGCUUGUACGACCAGGGCGGCAUUUUCAAGGGCAUGUGUGAGCGAUCCGGCAUCAAGAGAGAGGAAAUCGCAGGUGCAGGCGCACGAUAAUAGAUGUGAACCAAGGAUAGGAAAAGAUAGAGGUAGCGGAUGUAGGCGCGUGAUUGGAUGGGGGCGGGAAAGCGGCCCAAAAGGGAAGACUAAGGAUGCAGCUGGGAUUGCUAGCAAGGCUGCUGCACACGCACAGUGAUGGAUAGACAUAAUGGGGAUUGG